AUGCAUCUAGAAGCUCGUCAGUGUAACACCUCUCUCGGUAUCUCAAUCACCGUGCUACUUCUCUUGCUUGCGUAUUUCGGCAUUCACGAUCCAAAUGGACGCGCCUCACGCUCACUCUCAACUCGCCCGGCUCGACAACUCCAGAAUUCUCUGAACUGGCGAACGAGGAUGCACCGACGCCCGAGAUGCAGAUGGACUGCGUGGCACGACGCGCGCUUCGCGCCACUACGAAACGCGAAUCGACGCGUCAUGAUCGCUUUGCUCUUGCAUCAGAACGGCGACCUCAUCAGCACCUUAGCGCAGGAGCUGCCAGUAGUACUUGAAUGGGUUGGCGUACAGAACGUGUACCUCUCGAUUUUCGAGAGUGGCAGUAGCGACGGAACGGUCGAAUACUUGAGGUCUCUCUCUCAGAUCUUAGACGCUAUUGGCGUGCAGCAUCAAAUCAUCACACACGGAGAGGCGCGGCAAGAGAUCGUAGAAGGUCCUCGGCGCAUCGCGGUACUCGCAGCGGCACGCAACACCGCCCUCAGACCUCUAUACACCGGCAAAGCAGCAGCAGCACUCGGCUCUGGACCAGAUGAGGUCUUCUUCAUGAACGACAUCUUCUUCUGUGCACCCGAUCUACUCGAGAUGCUGCUCCAGUACCGCCGGCAAGGGAUGCAUCAAGCUUGUGCUACCGACUGGGGCUCGCACCGCUUAUACGAUCGCUGGGUUCUACGGACCAUCUCUGGACGAGGCUGGUGGCGUUUGGGUGACCCUACCAAAGAGGUCUUCGAGCCUCUUCUGGACGAUCCUGUGGACCGUCGACGCUGGGACCGCCAUCUUCCGCUUCAGGUGUUCAGCUGCUGGAAUGGCGCGUCCAUCAUCCAUGCGAGCGCGUUCUUACCUCCGCACAACAUAAGGUUUCGGCAGAGCAAGGCUGAUUGGGAAGAUGAAAGUGGGAACGUACCGAGCAACCUGACCGUCAAGGCGUCCGAGUGCUUUCUUUCCAGCGUCGAUCUGUGGAAGAUGGGGUUCAAGCGCAUUGCCAUCAUCCCGAAAGCCAGUGUUGCGUACACUGUGGACCACUACGACGCGUUUCGUAAGGAUGACGAGUCGUUUGCGCCAAAGGCGGACGAUGAGGUCUUCGAGUGGGUCGGGAAUUGGCAAGAAGCGCCGCCAGAGUACGUCGUCAAUCAGGAUUACGGGCGAUGGGGACCGCCUGAGCGGUGGGGUCCAUGGGACGAGCAAUGA